AGUGACUAAACCAAGACAGAAAUUAGUUUGGUAGCAGGACUAAAACAGGUCUGAGCCUGAACUUGUUUAAAUGCUGUAGCCGGGUUAAAUCAGAACAAGACUAAACCAAGCAGGUCUCAACUGUUCUGGAGCUGGACUAAACCAGGACUAAACCAGAACUAACACUAGUACAAUCUAUCUUGGACUAAUAAUAAUUGAACUUAUAUUUUGUACCAGCUACACCAACUAAACCAAGACUAAAACUACAACCAAAUUGUACCUAAAAUAGGGCUGAACCAGGACUUUACCAAGACUAAAUCUGGACUAAUCACUGGUCAAGACUUGUCACUAUACCAGCAUCAUGUCUGCACUGGUCCAGUCUUGGUCCAGGUCUACAUCCUGGACUGGACUUUUGAGGUCCUGGGCUGCUGGACCAUCUUCAGUCCCUCGUCUCUGUGUAGUCCAAACAGCUGACGCCUCCAGUUCUGUAUCAACCCAAGUCCAAGACGGGACUGGGACUAAGACCAAAGUCCGGACCAUAAAAGACCUCCCUAAAGUCGGGUUCUUGAGGUUUUUCUACAGGCUGGUGGUCAAGGGUUACUACAUCCGAAUGCACGAGCUACAGCUCUAUGACAAGAGUCUCCACGGCAGUAUCUUCCGAGACGGUUUGGGCGCAGUGGCUCUGGGCAGUGCCGAGCUCCUGGAGGAGGUCCUGAGGAGGGAUGAGAAGUUCCCGGUCAGAGGAGACAUGUCCCUGUGGAAGGAAUACCGCGACAUGCAAGGAAUUGGAUACGGCCCCUUCACAGAGGAGGGGGAGCGCUGGUACCAGCUGCGUUCGGUGCUGAACAGGAGGAUGCUGCUCCCAAAGGAGGCUCACGAGUUUGGGCCUGUGAUCUGGGACGUGGUCCAAGACUUCACAGACCGGCUCCGAGUCCUGAGGAAGUCCAGUCCCACCGGAGACAUGGUGCAGGACAUCGCAAACGAGUUCUACCGCUUCUCUCUGGAGGGUAUAGCGUCCAUCUUGUUUGAGACGAGGAUCGGCUGUCUGGAGGAUCCGAUUCCCGAGGGCACACAGGAUUUCAUAAACUCCAUAAUCCAGAUGUUCUCCUACAGUCCCUAUGUCAUUGUCCUGCCCAAGUGGAGUCGCCCCCUACUGCCCUACUGGCGCCGCUACAACGAAGGCUGGGCGGGCAUCUUCAAAUUCGCGAAGGUGUUGAUAGACCGUAAGCUGGUGGAGAUUGAGCAGCGUGUGGACCAGCAGGAGGCGCUGGAGGGCGAGUAUCUGACAUACCUCCUGUCGAACACCAACAUGAGCCUGAAGGACGUGUACGGGAGCGUGGCCGAGCUGCUGCUGGCUGGAGUCGACACGACAUCGAACACUCUGACCUGGGCCCUGCACCUGCUCUCCCUGAACCCUGAGGUCCAGAGGAGACUCUACAGUGAGGUUUCCCAGAGCGGCCCAGAGCCCUCUGCAGAGGAAGUAACCCGGAUGCCCUACCUGAAGGCCACCAUUAAAGAAACACUACGCAUGUAUCCAGUUGUCCCCAUGAACGCAAGAAUCUUCUCAGAGAAAGAUGUUGUAAUUGGUGGAUACUAUUUUCCAAAGAAGACCCCGUUUGUCUUCUAUCACUACGCCAUCUCCCACGACGAGCGCACGUUUCCCGCUGCGUUUGAGUUCCAUCCGGAGCGCUGGAUCAGGGACGGUCACUCACUGCCUCAUCCUUUUGGUUCCAUCCCGUUUGGCUUUGGGGUCAGGGGUUGUGUGGGGCGCCGCAUCGCAGAGUUGGAGAUGACCAUGGCUCUCUUCCAGUUGGUGCGUUUGUUCGAGAUCCGGCCGGACCCUUCGGUGGGAGAACUGAAGAGUCUGAACAGAACUGUGCUGGUCCCAGACAGAAACGUCAACCUGCACUUCAUCCAGAGAGAGGGACAGAAAGAGAGGGAGGGAGAGAAAGAGGAAAGGGAAGGGUGAGAGAGAGAGAGGGAGAAGAGGAGAGGGAGGCGAAUGGGAGAGAGGGAGGGAGAGGGAAGAAGGGAGGGAGAGAUUUAGACUGAGAAAGUGAUGGGGGAGAGAGAGGAUCUUUUCUUCUACUUGUGUUUAAAAUGUGAACUUUGAACCAAAUUCUUUAAAAACAUAAAUCGCAAAUGUCAUUGAUUUUCAAGAGUCAAGUCAAAAUGUCUUUUACUCUUUGUUCUGUCUGUGUAUCACAAUAAAAAUUCACCUGCCCUCACCUGUCAGUAAA